AUGGCUGUGUGCUGCCCUAUGGCCGUGGGUCUCAACAAGGGCCACAAGGUGACCAAGAACGUGAGCAAGCCGAGGCCCAGCCGCCGCCGCGGGUGCCUCACCAAGCACACCACGGCCGGCCGUGCGCGGGGCAUGAACCAGGUGUGUGGCUUAGAGCCCUAUGAGCCAGGAGCCGUGGAGCUGCUCACGGUCUCCAAGGACAAAGGGCGUUUAAGUUCAUCAAGAAGUGCGUGGGGACACGUCCAUACCAAGAGGGAGAGAGAGGAGCGGAGCAACAUGCUGGCCGCCAUGAGGAAGGCGGCUGCCAAGGCGGACUGGGUGACACUACCACCCCCAAUAAAGAUAUUAAAAAAGCCUUUACAGAAGAUAAACAAUACAUUUAUACUGUCUUUUAUACUCACCUACGUCAUUACCUUGAGCGGUAUUUGUUUCUUUAUGUAG